AUGGCGGAGGCAGCGACCGACACGGUGAUCAGCAUCGGCGCGCUCAGCCCGGAAGCGCUCGCGGCGCACGAUUCGCGUGUCGGCUCUGUCACCGUGGGCGAGGCGUUCGAGCGCGGUGUGCCGCUGUCCAUGCUGCAAGGCUCGAUCCCGCAGGAGCUCAUCGAGCGCGGCCGCGCACUCGGGCUGGAGCCUCCCCCGCGCGAGGGCGACCACGGAAGGGCAGCCACCUCAGCCGCCGCCGCGCCGGGUGGCCCGGGCUGCAGCAUCCGGCCCGCCGCCAUCUCGGACGCCGCCACCAUCAGCGCGAUGUGCGUGCGUGUCGCUUCCGCCCAGAUUGACACCUCCGGCUUCACUCCGGUGGGGCGCUCCACGCUCUUUGAGGACAUCCUUGGCGAAGCGGCCAUCCUAGGCGAGCUGCAGGGCGGGGCGGUUGAGGCGUUCGUGUGCGUGAUGGACGGCGCGAUUGUCGGCUUCGCGGCGCGAAAGAGGCCGCUUGGCGCCGAGGCUGGCGCCCCACUGAGCCACGUGCGCCACAUGUAUGUCGAACGUUCCGGGGCCGGCAUUGGCAAACGCCUGUGGGGAGAGCUCCACUUCCGCUUCGAGGAGGAGAGCGUCAGGCGUGUGACGGCCAACAGCAGCGCCAACGCGGUGCCGUUCUACGAGCGGCUCGGGUUCCGCAAAGAGGGCGGCGAGUCGGAAGCCGGCGGGCUGCUUUCCCAGCUGAUGGUGUACACGAUGGAUGCGGACGGUGAGUGA